GAGUUGUCUCAAAAAACCUCUCGGAGAUCCGUGCUGCAUGCUGCGCAGAAUUCGUGAAGCUCAUUCCCGCUCCCAGGAUCUGAACAAUUACCAACAGUCACUAAUCUGUCAUUGUCGACCCAAACUUUGCCCGAUAUGCAACCCAACAGUGUGCCAAUGUUGUCGUCACUGCGAAUCCCAGAUUGAACAGGUGAAACGUCACGUCAAUGUGUGCGGCGGCUCGCGACGAAACUCAAGCAGGCUACGCUUCGAUACGCGAGGUAGCAACGAUCGAAACGUUUCGUAGGAAGGUGAAAAUUUUUCAGAUCAUUCAAAUCAACGGGCAGCCGAAAUGUACACUAAAAAAAUAAACGAAAGGAACGAUCUUUGUAAUUCGACCUACAUGAAGUCGUACAACAUUCCGAAACCUUGUUGUAAGUGCAUCGUGAGGGUAACGAAACCGAUCACUCCGCUGCAUCGGCGUCGCUACCAGCAGCAGAUGGAGACCACCUUUUCGACUGUGCACAUGGUAUUUGUGAACAGGACCUGUCCCAAACCUCAGUUGGAAUGUCCGCCCACGGAAUAUGGAGAAGGUGUUUGCACGGCCGGUGGAGCUAUCAUCGACAACUGCCAGGUACCCUGCUGCACUCCUUGGUGCACAUAUUGCUGUUGAUCGUUUGCCGAAGGUGGAAAAUUUGACGUAACGAAUUGGAAGCAUGAUGUGAAUAUAUAUAUUUUUCGUUUUACUUGGA